GCCCGGCCCGGGCUCCGGGAGCCGCCGAGCAACAGGUGGGGCCGAGCGGGAUCGCGGCAGAACCGCACGGCACCGGCACCGGCACCGGCACCGCAACAGCAUCGCACCGGCACCGGCACCGGCACCGCCCCGCACCGCGCCGCACCUAGGGCCGGAGCGAAGCAGAGCCGCCCUGGCCGAGCCGCUUCCCUCCAGCGAUGGGAGACGCCUCGCAGGGGCAGCGAGGGCACGUCCUGCUGCCCAGGGGAGCUGCCAGCGGCCAUGCUGAGCUGGCUGCCUGCACCAUGACCCUCCCCACCGCCUCCCCAGCCACCAGCGUGGCCCAGGCUUUCUUCUGCCUCCUGCUCUGCAUCCCCCGGGGCAGCUCCUGCCCCCCCAGCUGCCAGUGCACGGAGCGGGCAGGGGCCAAGGCCGUGCUCUGCAGCUCCCAGCACCUGGAGGAGAUCCCCAAGGACAUCCCCAGGGACGUGGUGUUCCUCAAGCUGGAUGCCAACAGCAUCACCAGGAUCCCCAGCAACGCCUUCAGGCACCUGUCCCGCCUGGAGGAGCUCGACCUGUCCGGGAACGCCAUCGAGCAGAUCGACAGGGCGGCGUUCCGCGGGGUGGCGGCCGGGCUGCGCAGCCUCGACCUGUCCGGGAACCGCAUCCGCAGCGUGCCCAAGGAGGCGCUGCUGGCUCUCAACGCCGAGCUGCGGCUGGCCGACAACCCCUGGCACUGCGAGUGCGCCCUGCAGGAGCUGCUGUGGGAGGCGCGGCUGGACCCGCGCUCGGUGCGGGACAUCACCUGCCACACGGCCCCGCGACACGAGUUCGUGGGCAAGCCGCUGCUGCAGGUGCUGGACGCCGGCGCCAACUUCUGCAGCGUGCGCCGGAGGACCAUGGACGUGGCCAUGCUGGUCACCAUGUUCGCCUGGUUCGCCAUGCUCGUCGCCUAUGUCAUCUGCUACGUGCGCCACAACCGGGAGCGCUCCCGCCGGCACUCGCUGCCCGGCGCCCAGCCCCGGGCUGAGACCGCCCUGUAGAGCAGGGACGGCAUCCAGCAUCCAGCUCCUCCUGCUGGGACUGCCAAAGUGCCACCAGUGUCCCUCCCCAGCGACGCCGGACUGAGCGUGAGCAAUACACGGGGGAGGGAUGCCAGGGACCCCCCAGAGCAGGUUCUGGACAAACAUCCCCAGCCAGACCCUUCUUCCUGCUGGAGUCAGUGAGUCAGGGGUCUCUCUGACUUCUUCAGAGAGAAAUCAGAGUGCAGGGAUUGAGUAAGUUUCAGAGUGAGUUCUAAUGCUCUUAGUAAGUAAAAGGUUUCAAGUGCCACAGCAGCUGUGUGUAUUCUACUUGAAUAUUCUACUUGAAGGUUGAAACAUACUGAUAUCUUCAGUGAGGCUCCAGGACCACAGCUGUAGACAGUGCUUAGACAUAAUAGAGCUAUAGUAAGAAUAUUGCUUACAUUUCUUGCAUAGAACACGAUAGAGUGUAUGUGUGGUUUUCCAGACCUUUCCUUCCUUUUCCAGAGCUGGGCUCACAGGGAAUGCAGCCCCAGUCACAUGCUUGUGGUUUGGGGACAGCAAGUCCCUGGCAGAGAUGAGUUGUGGGGCCAGGAGGUUCCUGGGGUGCAGAGGGGUCACCCCAGCCUUGUCAAGGGCAUCCUUCCCAAGGAUGCAGCCUCUGCCUGCCUCCUGCAAUUCAAGGGGAACUCCAAAACCUUUGUUUCCUCAAUAAAGCCCUGCACUUUGGAAAAACCCUCAGGGUUUCUGCUGUGCUGGGAGCUGAGUGUCC